AUGGCGUCGACGGCAUCGCCCGACGGCGGCGCGCCCGUCUCGACACCCGGUCUGCCUCCCGCCUCGUCCACCGCGCAACCCCGCGCCGGGCCCAAACCCGGUGCCAAGUGGUCCGGCUUCUUCAGCGCUGUUUCAUCGGCGUCAGUGUCGAAGAACAAGUCGAAGCCCAGCGCCAGGGCCGCGAAGCUCAUCGCCAAGGGGGACAUCGACGAAGCAUUGGAGAUCAUCGAGGAGGCCCUGCGCGCGAUCGACGCGGUGGAGAACGCGCCGGUGCCGGACGACGACCGCGCGUCGCUCCACGCCCUCUGCGCGAUGUGCCACUCGCGCAACGAGAGCAUGCGUCGGGCGUGCGAGCACUUCGCGGCUGCGCUCGACGCCGCGGAGGAGGAGGAGGCCGCGACCGGCCGUCGCGCAGCCGCGAAGGGUCCGAAGGGCCCCAUCGAUGCCGAGUUCUUCUACCGCAUGGGCGAGGCGUGCCACCGCCGCGGGCAGCACGGCCGGUGCGCGCUCGCGUACGAGCAAGCGUUGGAGUUGGACCCGCGACGGAAAAAACUUCCCAGCCGCCUGACCCCAUCCGCGGUGCAUCACCAGGCGGGGGUGUCGUGCAGGGAGACCAAGCGGUACGAGGAAGCCCUGGAGCACUUCGCCAAGGUGGACGCCCCGCUCGAGGCGGCGGUGGGCGUGGGCGACGUCCUGUGUGAUAGAGAAAGGUGUUACGCGUCGAUGGGCGACUACGCCGCGGCGGAGGCGUGCAUACGAGCGGCGGCGGAAGACGUCGAGUCGAGCCAACCGGUGAGGCCCGAGAACGUCUGCAGGGUGGCGGUGUACAGGUACGAGCGAUGCGGCGGGAGCGCCGAACGCGCCGUCAAGGAACUCGCGGGCGUCAUCGAGAACAAGGAAAAGACGUCGCUGUCCAAGAAGAAAGAGGCCGAGGUGCUCGCGAUGUUGGCCAGGUUACACGCCGGGCUGGGCGAACUGGCCGAGUCCGAGGCGAAUUUCGACGCGUCGCUGGGGCGAAACCCGCGGAGUCACGGGACGUGGCUGAGCCUGGGGCAGCUGUACGAAGCGACGGGGCGGGACGACCUGGCGCUCAGGGCGUACGCUCGCGUGGUGGAGAUUUGCGACGAGGACGACGACGGAAACGACGACGCAAGAACGGUCGGAAAAAACGACGGGGGCGGAAGAAGCGACGGGGGCGGAGAAGAAACCGUACCGACGCGCGGACGCGACGUCGUACGUCGGGAGGACGAGUACGUCGCGGAGGAGAGGCGGGCGAGGGGCGAGACCAGGGCGGAGGCUGUGCUGCUCUCCGGGGCUGUGUACGAGCGCCACGGCCAGCCGCACAGGGCGCUAAAGUCUUACGAGCUCUUAACCGGAGAUUCGCACCGGGAUAUUCGCGAAGCGCGGGAGCUCGCGGUGCUGACGCGAUGCGCGCUCAAGGUGCAGCGGGUUUUUCGGGGGAACAAGGCGAGGGAGGAGGCGAGGAGGAGGGCGACGGCGCGAACGGUGGCGAGGCAUUACGGCGCGCGGGGUCCGCUGCGGGGCGGUGACGGCGCAGGGGGCGGCGUGCUGAGCGAGUCGACGGGGGGAAGUUACGUGCAGCGAUGGGACGCGUCGCCGCUGGCGAAGCAGGCGGCGAGUCAUCCGUUCUUCAAGACGGAGGGAAAGCGACGCAAGCCCCCGGGUUCCUCGUUCUUCUAG